CGCCACUGCCUCCAAGCUGCCUGGGGGGUGAUGUGCUGAAGUGGCACAGGGCAGAGCACCAUGAGGCUCCAGCUGGAGAAGCAGCUCCUCUUCCUCUCCCUGCUCUGCGUUCUCUCCAAGGUGUGUGCCCAGCUGUGCCGGAGACCAUGCUACUGCCCCUGGGUGCCACCCCGCUGUCCCCGCGCGUCCCCGCUGGUCCUGGAUGGGUGCGGCUGCUGCAAGGUCUGUGCCCGGCGCCUGGGAGAGCCCUGCGACUUCCUGCACGUCUGUGACCAGAGCCAGGGGCUCGUCUGUGACUACAGCUCAGCAUCGGCAGGGACAGGAGGCACCUGCAACUUUGAAGACGAUGAGGAGGGCUGCGAGGUGAACGGCCGGGUCUAUCGAGACGGGGAGGUUUUCCAGCCCAGCUGCAAAAUCCAGUGCCACUGCUUGGACGGGGGCUUCAACUGCAUCCCGCUGUGCCAGGAGGAUGUUCGGCUGCCCACCCCGGACUGCCCCCACCCCCGGCGCGUGGAGAUCCCGGGGAAGUGCUGCCCCGAGUGGGUCUGUGCAGCCCAGGACCAGCAUCUCCUCCGGGAUGCCAGAGCAGCCCCCGGGGCAUUGUCCCCGCUGCUGCGACAGCCCUGCCAGGAGUGGGGCACGGAGUGGAGCGCCUGCUCGGCCACCUGCGGGCUGGGCUUUGCCACCCGCGUGUCCAACCAGAACCGCUACUGCCGGCUGGAGAGCCAGAGGCGGCUCUGCAUGCUCCGACCCUGCCCGGCCCUGCCGGCAGCGUUCCCAGCGAGGGGAAGAGGAGCUCGUUUGUAGCUGUGCCCACCCCGGAUUCACCCUGGAGCCAAUGCCUCAUCCUGGCAAAGAGUCUGGCAUAAAC